UUUCACUUUUGCCUGUGAACUUUUAAUAACACAAUUUCCGACAGAUACUUGAAAAUCUAUCUAGUUUAUUAUCACCUUAUCACUUCAUUUUUCGCUAUUAUUAUUAUUUACUGAUUUACUGUUAUCAACUUCCAUACUUAAGGUGCUGAUUCAAGCAAUUAUUAAAGUAACAAACUUGAGACUCCGAGAGUGGCUGAAGAAAUUUUGCUAGCACAUCCAAGUUUACGAAAGAAUCAGAAAUGUCUGACGACAUUGUUAAUCGCACUAUCAGAGGAAGAAAAACUUAUCAUAAAGUAAAAUCUACGCAGGGCACCAUUAAUUCGGGAUCCAUGCCGUUAGCUCAGGAUAUACAAGAGCAAUCGACAGAAAAGACGAGCACACACCACGAAAUAGAAGAGUCGGACUCAGAGGAUAUUAAAAAUACGUCUGAAUUUAUGAAAGAUAGUUCAGUUAACACUGAUGAUGCCACUAAUGAACCAACAAAUAGUUCGAACCCUAAUGGCAGUCAGGUUGAAAAGGACAAUGCCACUGUAACCACUGCAGGUUCAGUUGAGUCUGAUAACAUUCAUAAACCAACAAAUAAAUCGAACCCUAAGCCUGAAAAGGACAAUGCCACUGUAACCACUGCAGGUUCAGUUGAGUCUGAUAACAUUCAUAAACCAACAAAUAAAUCGAACCCUAAGCCUGGUGGUCGAGUUGAAAAACCCGAGUUCGACAAAUCGGUUAUAUAUAUUAUACUAGCGCUGUUUGUAGUCAUAUUAGCCAUAUUAGCUGGUUGUUAUCACUAUUGGAAGCCAACUGCAACCAUUCCAGAAGUUCGCGAAUGCAGAGGCAUUCUAGAUCUCAAUUCUAAAUAUUCCAACGUAGACCAGCUGUCUUGGAAAAUACUGAAUGUGAGUGUCAAUCGUGCCAUAUAUCAAAAACCUGGAGAGCCCGCUACCUUUAUAUUUUUGUACAAUUCAACAACGCCCAAAUCAAAUUGGUUAGAAGAUAUAGUACGCGCGACUUCUAAAUGCUUUGGCGAAAAUCGUCAACCAAUUAAAUUGGAGAGUCAGUAUUUCCGCAAUCCGGAAUUUAUUGCCAACAGACAUUUAUUUUUCACCCAAUACAGAAAAAAGCUCGAAGAUCAAGGAACCUUAGUGGUUCAGAACUUGGACAACAUACCGGCUAGCGCAGCUGAGGUGUUUUUUUCAAUCUGCGAUGCCUAUGAGCCACUGGUACACAAUGCGGUUGUAUUUUUUACGAUCCAUCUUUCCAAACACACGGUAGACACAAGCCAAAGUCCGACAGCUAUAGCGGAGUCAAUACUGAAACAACAAUGGGGAAAAGAUUUGCACGCCAACGAUUUGAACCCAUUGAUGAAUCGCUUGACGGAAAACGUAUUCAUAAUCGACUGAGAUGAUUCCAACUGUGAAGAAAGAGGCUUUUGUAUUGUUAUUUAAUAAAAUAUAACGUUAAACCUA